GCCUUCAGCACCCAACGCAUCCCCAACGCAUCCUCAACGCACUCUGCUCUUCCUGUUUCGCCUCCGGUAAGGCUUCAUCUCUGCCAGGCGCCGGUGUCUCGUCCUCAGGAAGGACAUAUGCAUUAGAUGGUCUUCUAGCCUCACCAUGGAGUCCUUGGAACCACUCACUAGCGUCAACACCGUCUUGCUCAGUUUCCCACACCACACGUCUGUCGCCUUUGUCAGCCUCUACGACGUCGUCUUCUGCAGGGUUCUGGUCGUCUGGAAGUGAGGCUUUGGCUUCCUUCUCGUCUGAGACUGAUGCCAGCUCAGCUGCUGCCUCUCCAUCUGAGGCAGUAUCCCCGGCCUCAGCCGGUAGAUGAGCGGGCGAGAAGACCUCUUCUGUCAGCGAUGCCGUGGCGCCAUGGUCGACCUCAUGUCCGUCAGCGAAGGCUGAAGACAUGCUGUAUUUCUCCGUGUCUCUGUCGCGGCCAUCGUGUGCAGUGAUGUCUUUGUCUUCAUGACUAAGGGGCAGGUCGAUGGGCUCAGACGGCGGCACAUCGUCUUGGUUGCUCGGAGACAUCUCGUCUUCUCUCUGGUCUUCGGCUGCCAAGUCAGCAACCGCCCCUGUUUCAGCAGAGACGGGCUCUUCCCACCCUGGUGAAUCGUCGCCACCUUCAAGCAGCAAGCUCUCUUCAUCCACGUGUAUCGGCGCUUGGCGGUCGUCAGAUCCCUGCUCCUCCUGAGCUAGACCAACAGACACCCGGGCAACUGGCGUCUCAACCAGCAGCUCGCUGAAAUGGUCGUCGGGCAGCGUAUUCUUCUCAUUAAGUGACGUCUUUUCCUGGUCGACAUUGACGUCUUCUCCAGGCUCGCUGAGAGUGGCCUGCGCGACGGCUUGACCCUGUUCUUCAUCCACCGCGGGCUCGGCAUCUUUCUCCUCCAAGUUUUCAUCAACCUCAUCAGGCAUCAGGUGGGCUGUGUCAUCGUGUAUAACGACGUCAAUGUCUGCACCGCCCUCAGGCUGGCCACCGGGUACUGAGGAUUCUCCACCAUCUUGCAAACGGUGGUCUGAGUGCACAGGGCUUUGCCUCUCUCCAGGCGUGGCAUUGUCUCGGGCCUCGUCAAGGAUGACGUGAGAUGACGCCUCAGACUCUGGCAGAGACGGCUGCCGCUCCUCUUCGGGUAGAGCGUCUGGCGCAAAAGGAGCCCUAUCCUCUUCAUGGUGCUCCUCCGUCUCCUCUCCCCCUUCGCCAGGGAUUUCCUCGGUCCCGGUGACACUCCCUCUCUCUUUCGCCACCUCUGUCUGCGACUGCGCCAGGGCCAGCCCAUACUGGAGGACAGCGGCGUUGGACGGCGUGGUGUCCUCAUCCAAAUAUUGAAAAGACACCAAAGCAGUUGAGGGUCUCUCCACGUCUCCUAGUUUCUCAGUUGUCUGUGGCUGCUGUGCCGCAGGUGCCGUGGGCAGGGCCGCCCUGUCUCUGUGCUCUCGGAAGCGGCGCUGGAUGAUGCGAGCAGACGAAUGGAUGCGCAUCAACAAAGCAAUCUUGUGCAGCCUGAAGCCAGCCGGCCGAUCAGCAACCGGAGCGGAAGGAUUGAGCACUUCGAGCACCCUUACCUGACACGUAGCCGCACGGCUGUUCCCCGCCACGCUCUCUGUAUGACGAGAGCAGCUCGAAUUUGAACCUCCACAGGCACCCACUGAUCCCUCUGCAGGCAGCCAGACAGAAUGUCAUCAAGUACCCAUCAGCACAGCACAGCACAGCAAACGAACAAGGGCCCGCCUGCCUGCCUGCCUACCUUUGCAUAGAGGAGGGCGGGGGGCAUGCUUUUCCCUGCCGGCCUGGCCCAUGCCCUAGAAGGACGAAGAGACUCUUGAACGUCCUCCCAAAAACACCGUCUCCUCCUCACCACCAGGCCUCCCAUCGCUCCAACAGUCGACACAGUCGGGCUCAGCUUCCCCGGCAGAGGGCCUGGGGCAUGGCUUGGCUGCUCAUCUGGUCGCGCCGGUUUCGUCUGACCUGGAGGGUGCGGUGUGCGUCUUGAGUGGGAGGAGGAGACCUGCCGCCGGCGAUGGCGGCCUGCGCCAGCGACGCCACCCGCAAAAGGUGUGUCGGCUGUAUUCGGCCGGAGCGCACCCGCGGGUCGGCCUCUCCUCUGUGGCGGCCAUGAUGGCCUGUCUUGAUCUUGAUGACGUGGAGAGGACAAGAAAGGCGAGGGAAAGGGCGUCGAGGAACAGGGUGGCACAGUCGACCCUGGGGUGGUCGACGCAUUGGCAGUUCGUCUCUUUGACGAUGAGCCGACGAAGGGCGUGGUGUGGGCGGACGGGGAGGGGGUCGACAGCGGGAUGGAGCUAGGCGUCAGGGGCGGCUCCAGGGCGGGCAGAGUGGGGGGAGAAGCGCGUUUGGUGUGCGAUGAAGGGGUGCGCAACCCGACACUCAGGGCGAUGGAUGAUGAUCUUUGUUGUCGUCGUGACGGCAGCGUGUCUCUGUCGUGGGCGAGAGAUGACUGUUCCGCUGCACUUUCCCUGCGACACUCCACUUGUCCCUUGACGAGCCUCGACCUCACCACACACCGCCGGCGACAGUGCUUUGCCGCCCCUUCUCUCUCGUCGGCCGCCUCUCCGUGCCUCUCGGAGCCGCCCAUGAGUGAAAGUCGGCCAUCGGCAGAUUGCAAUAGGGGAGACGAAGGCACAGCCCCGUAGGGGUACACUACGGUGAUUGGGUCAUCAUCCCCUGGUUGGGGUGAGACGGAUGGGGAGGGGGAGGGGGAGACACGUGGCCUUUCGCGGGUGGGUGGUCUGCUCGUGGCCGGGGGUGACAGCCGCAGCGGAGGCAGCAUUCCGUCUUCCUGCCCCUCCUGCUGCUGCCCCUGCUGCUGCUGCUGCUCGUCAGCCGUAUUCAGCAGUGAGUUGAGCGACUUGUCUGUCGGUCUCUUCUGACUUGAGCCUUCCAUGCCGAACAACUGCGCGCUUGUGAAGGCACAGGAGUCCUCAAUCCGCCUGGUGAGGGGAUGCUCGCUGCCGAGGCUGCUGGCCGCCAGCUUGCAGGCCUUGCUGAGAUAGCUCGUCGGAGCAGAUGGGUCAAGCAUGGCCGAGUGUCGCAGCUCCGAUAUCUGCCAUUCGUUGGGAUGGACUUGCGAAAGGGCCUCCACUGCAUAGUUGUGGUAUGCGACGCAAAGGUAGGCUGUGAGCCGGCGGUGUGAGGUGUCUUGGCCAUGUGACAGGUAGCCCUCGAGCAGAGACAUGACGUUGGCAUUGCUCGAUACGGCCUCGCUGGUCCUACACACACACACACACUCACAUACACAUGGAUGGAGGGUGGAUGGAUGGAGGGGGAGGGGGCCUGCCGAACAUACCUGCCAUUCUCUCCGUAGAGAAACGCUGCGUUUAGAAUGACGUGUGCUCGCAUUUCGAUCAGCCGCAAUAGAUGCACGUCAUCUCUUUCAUCGCUGCUGCCGUUCGGUACUGCAUUGAAGGUCGUCGGUAGGACCUCCGAUGGCCAUUGCGAGAGGCAAUGGAAAGCCCGAAACGUGGCCUGGAGCGCGGCCUCGUAUUUGUUGCGGCUCUUGAACAAGAGAGACAUGCUAGACGGACACACACACUCACAGGGACAGAGUGAGAAAUACCUGGUGCAUUUGCUCUACCGAUCACUUCCCACUUGGUAUAGGUCUCUGCUCGCCUGAGAGGGUUGUACACGCCACAUCCCUCGACGGCCAUAGGCUCCCUCACAGUGCCCCCCCUCGGCUCACGCAGCGUUUCUGCGAACGCCUUGGCACUGUGCCGUCUCUUUCUCGCCGCGUCAGAGUGCCUUACGCCCCUCUCCUGCACCGCGACAAAUCGCCGCGCUGCUCUCGUCCGGGUGGUGUUCGAUGAGGGCUUUGUCAGCUCAAGGGCUGCCUGCAAGAGGUAGUUGGCGGCGUCGUGGCUGACGCCGGGAGAGGAGUGGAUGAUUUGGAGGGCAAGGUGGUUGAAGAGCCACACAACCAUGUCCACUGUGGCAAGGAACUGCACAUGCAGGCACACAUAGACAGACAUGCACACAGGGAGGACCGUUUGUGCAAUGCCAUAUGCCUGUGGCGGUGGUGGCCGGCCAGGCCAGUUGCCCACCUCCUGAUGCUCAGGUCCCAAGAGGUUCAUCCACAGCAUCACCACCUCCUGGUAAACCUGGACACACUGAAUGGUCAGCCCUAGCAAUGCCGUCCCGUUCCUGUCGCCGCCGCGCGGGGAGCUUCCGCACAUGCUGCCGAACCGCAUUCGAAGGGCGCUGCUUACACAACAAUAUCAGACUGACCAAUGAGGCAGACACCCGUGUAUGUAGUGCCACCUUCCAUCGUUGGUGAGCUCCUUCAGGCGCCUCAGCGUGUGCGUGAAUCGUUCUGCCUCGCUCCGGGAGAGGAAUUCCGCCGGGCUCUGCAGAGACAAAGGCUGAGACAGCCAGACCACACAACUCUCACGCACUCAUCCCUCAGCGUGUGUGUGUCUGUGGCGUGCAGCCCCGAGCAGCCCCGCAUUUCAACGCCUUCCAUCUGUCUGCCUGCCGGUCAGUGAUUUUUUAUGCGUACCGCAUCUUGUGUGCAACUGCCGAGCCACAGCCUAAGAGGCCUUCGCUCUGGAAACACGUGCGAGAACCGCAGAUCCAUCGGAAAGCUAAUCGGAACGCGGCG